AAGCUCCAGCCGGCUUGACCCUGGCCAGAAUCACCGUAGCUUUCCGAGCCGAUUGGAAGCGUUCAACGUGCGUUGCGUCACAGAGCGGAGGUGUCGCAGUCGGUCCCGGUGCUUCAGCGGGACGUAGAGAGCAGGCUGUCCGGCCUGGAACUUUUGGGACGUCAGAAAAAAAGCACAAGGCCCCCCUCCCUCCACCUCCCGGGGGACAGAGACACGGCGUUUCUCCUUGGAUGACCUACGCACGAGCUCUCGUGGUAGCAGCAGCGGAGCACCUGCUGGUUUGGAGCUGUAACCGAUCUACAGAGGGCAAAAAGUCAAGGCGAGUCUCCCCGCAGCUGGAGCAGCUGACCCGGGCUCGGUGAGGGAGGGGGGGCACAAAAAAAAUCACGCAGCAAAUUAGUUUUUUUUAUUUUUUAUUUUUUUUAUCGUCGUUGAUGCGUCAUCCGGUCGAUGUGCCUACCUGCUCGUUGAGAAGAGAGCCCGGGUCUUUUACACGAGGGCACCACGGAACAUCUCGGAGCUCACAUGAUGUACACGAUCACCAGAGGUCCCAGUAAACUUGUUACACAACGGAGGACAGGUCCCACGCAGCAAAUUGAGAGCAAAUUCGGCGACUUGAAGCCGACGCCGUGGCUCUCAUCGAGCUCUCCGCCCCCAAAGAUCGUCUUCAAUCGUCUGAACGGGAAGCGUUACCACGGCGCCGCCGCCCAGAAGAGCGCCGGCCCAGCAGAGGGGUUCACUCCCGACCAUGAGGACAACGUCAGGUUUGUGCAUGAAGCAUGGCAGGAGGUGGAGCAGAAGCUGGGGGGCGGGGCCUCAGCCGACACCCAGGGGCCCGUUCAGUACACCGAGAGGACUCCCAGCGCUGCGAUGAAGAACUUUGUGCCCAUCGACCUGGAGGAGUGGUGGGCUCAGCGCUUCCUUGCCAACAUCGCCAACCUGUCAUGACCGUGAGACGGGAGGCUCCGAGUCGACGCCCCUUCACGAGGGUGAAGAGGAGGCGAGUACGUCAGCGAGGCGAAAGGCCCGUCCAUCAUGUGGGAUCUGACCCGAUGCCCUGUGCUUCACGCGGCUGCAGAGAAAACAGAGUGCAGGACGUAAACCAACCCCAGACUGAACUGUGACGUCGCUGUGGAGGACCCGCCUCCUCACACCGAUGACCUAUCAGAAGCUGUGAGAACCCGCUCGAGUGUCCUCGGCUGAUCUUUGGAUAUAAAUUGAAAGUAAAAUGUUUUUCAAAAACA